AUGGCUCUAACGAGCGCGGUCGCGAACGCCGCCGCUGCGGCCGCCGCCGCCGGGGCAGGCAAGAAGGCCGCCCAGGUUCAGUUACAGGCAGAACUCAACAAUGAUGAUGAUUGGAACAAGUUUCUUCAGCGAGAAGGACUUUUGGUGGUGGACGUGUAUUCGGAAUGGUGUGGACCAUGCAUUGGUAUGGUGGGAAACUUGAAGAAGAUCAAAGUGGAACUUGGUGGAGACAAUCUUCAUUUAGCUGUGUCAGGUCAACUGAUAAACGUGGUGUUCGGCGCGGACGCUCCUCGCAUCGUGAAGACCAUAGAACAGGAGCUUAAGAAUGAGGAGUUGGCCAAGAAAGGGGAACUGGAGAGGAUCAAGAGAGCUCCACAUGAACUCACUCCCCCGGAACAGUUGCCAGAAGUACUUCAUUCACCUCUCUUCCAGGAAAUAGCAACACGUCAAGCAAAGCUAGAAGAAGAACGGAAGAUUAAAGAGCAAGCAGCAGUGGAAGCAGCGCGGUUCGACCGGCGGGAGGCGCGUGCGCAGCGCCUUGAGACUCACUUCGCUGACAUUUGUCCAGCGCUACUGAUGCCCCACGCGCAGAAAAACCUGAGAAAGAUUACUGACUCUAUUGAACCUUUUGGGCUGAUAUUAGCAGACAAAUGUCCCAUCGUAGUAGGAAAAGAGGGCGCGAGGAUUUUAGCAGUGGAGGACCCAGAAAUGGGGACCACUGCUGCUGCUGCUGCGAUCGCCGAACGACCCUCGCUCGCGCUGUUGUUCAAGAAAGUGCCAGAUAAAGAAGGAGAUAUUAUUGAACUGACUCGUCAAGCUCUAUGCGGUGACCAUCUGGACGAAAAUGACGAGGCCAGGAAGAAAUUGCCAUCUACAGAACUUCGAGCUGAUGACGUCCCGGGAAUAUUUGUGCCCGCGGACAGACAUCAAAGAGCUGCUGCUCUAGAUUUAUUGUUCCCUAAGAUGGUUGGCUCCGUAAUUGAACCUCCGCCCGCUCCGGUGCCACCUCACAUCGCUAUAAUGUUCGGCGCAUGGCAGCGACGAGCCGUACUGUCCAUCGCGACCCAGCCCAAUCUGGUAUCGAGGCUCAUGCACUACGGUUUCUUCGCGGACACCAAUAUUGAGGAACCCACAUUGGUGUGCAAGAAUAUCGACCAGUAUGAACUAAGGCCGGAUAAGGACUACUGCGAAACCAUAGUUUUAAUGAUAGCAGUAGGUCUCGCAGAACCACUCUUAGCCGAUCCCGAACAGCUGUUCCCAGCAGAAGCCCCAGAAGACUUAGUGGCCCUAGGUCCUCUUCACAUUAGCGAAGAUGCCGUGAAGGGCAGUGAAGAAUGUGCAAGGUUCUUCCCGUUAGGAUACAGCGUGCCAGAGAGGAAAGCAAAGCUCAAGAAUAAGAAAAAGAAGAAGCGACGAAACAAAGAAGAGAACACAGACUCUACAGAACGCACUCUGAGUCAAGAAAACGCUGAGGAGGCUAACGAGGAGAAUGGCGUAGAGGGCGAGGAAGGAGUAGAGGGUGAUGAAAAUGGAGAGGGAGAAGACGAAGAGAUUGGGAACGGUGAUGAUGACAGCGAUGAACAACUGGCAGUGGAUAAGGCAACGUCUCCGCUACCAUCGACACCACAUUAG